UCCUCGUUCUCACCGAACAUAAUCUUUUUGAUGAAUUAAAGAAUACAAAAAUUCAACUUUAUUAUUUAUAGUUGGGCUUUAAAGGUUUUGUAACAAAUCUAUUCGAAAUUUAUAAUUUAGGUUAAAAAUUGAGGUAUAAAUUAAUGCAUAAAUUUUAAAUAAAAAUGGCUGGUAAUAACAAAGUAAAAUCAGGUAAAAAUAUUAAAGGACGUGAAAUGGAUGUGAUUACCAAAAAAACUAUCGAUAAUGAUUUCGUAAACUUAAUAACUUUCAUAAACCAGAAGAAAGAAGAAGAAUUUAUAAAUUAUUUUAGAUCUAACGAAACGAAAUGUUUUCAAAUUUUUAAAGAAUAUAGGCGUAGUACCAAUAAUUGUUCGCUGUUGGAAGAUGGCUUAACAAUUAUUGGUUGGGCUUGUGAAAAACAUUUAAUAAAAAUUAUAAAAUUUUUACUCCCCAUAGUAAUUCAUAAACACAAAAUGGAAAUGAACAAACAAAUUUUAAAUAUAUUUUCCAAAUAUGGUUUUCCUACGAUGUUCGAAGAAUUAUUUCGAAAUAAAAUUUAUUAUGACUCUCAUUUCUUGCAUCUCAUAUUGAUAACGUUAUUGCAAAAUUGCAUUAUAUAUGAAUCUGACAAUGUUCGUAAUUACAAAGCUUGUAUAGCGGUUAUUUUGAAUCAAGAUUAUUUAAAAAUUGCGACCAAUGAAGUUGACGUCUACGGAAACACAGUGUUACAUUAUGCCGUGCAAUAUGGAGAUAUUGAUACAAUUAAUAAUUUAUUGAAAAGAAAUGCGUUUUUAGAUAUUACAAAUAAAGCGGGAGUUAUGCCUGUUGAUAUUAUUUCCGCCGAAGACUUAGAAAAGAUUUUGGACGCUUGCAUAAAAAAGCAAACACCAACCACUCAGGAAUCUAUAUACAAUUUGAAUAGAAGAAAUCAGAUAAAUCAAAGAUCUAUCAAGUUUGAUUACACAUCAUUAUUUUCUAAAGGAACGUCAGAAGCAAAUGUAAUCUUGCGUAUUGGCAAAAACCCGAAAUUACAACAUUUAUUAAAACACCCGGUUAUUUCAACCGUUUUGUAUCUAAAAAAUUAUAAAAUGCGAAAGGUUUUCAUAAUUAAUUUAGUUUUUCACGUAAUUAAUGUUGCCUUUUUAAUUGGUUAUAUACUUAGUGGCAAUUCGCCCUCUUUCCGUUUUAUGUUUUGUUGUUUAUUAUCCGUUACGUUAAUCAUAUUUAUUUUAAAAGAGCUAACACAAAUUAUUUUAGCACUAAAUAUCUACAUUACCGACCCCGAAAAUUAUUUAGAUAUAUUUAUAUUAACUACAUCUGGUUAUAUGUUAUCUAAUGUUCUAUUUUAUAAAGAUGAAAAACCGAAUUUAGCUUACUAUUAUGCCUUAGCUAGUGCUAUUAUCUUGACUUUAAUAAAUAUAAUGUUCUUGAUAGCUAGAUGUUUACCUUUCACAAUUUACGUCUCGGUUCUUAAGACAGUCACAUGGAAUUUUUUUAAAUUUAUUAUUUGGUCUUCUAUUUUACUUAUCGCUUUUGCUUUCGGGAUGUAUAUAAUUUAUAACAUACCAUCAGAAAACAACAAAAACGAGAGCUACAACAAUAAUAAUAAUAACGUAACAUCAACAUUUUUUGAUGACCCAAUUUUAACGUUUUUAAAAGUCGUUGUAAUGUUAAUCGGUGAAUUAGACGCCUCGUCUUUAUUGGAAGAGGGAAAUUUAAACAGAACUUUAAGUCAAAUAUUUUUUUUAUUUUUUAUUUUCUUUGUAACAAUUAUUCUUUCUAAUGUUAUAAAUGGUUUAGCGAUAAGCGAUAUUCAAGAGAUAAAAAAGAAAGCAAAAAUUCUAAGCUUACUGGAACAAAUCACUCGCAUAGAAUACUUUGAAAGGAUGCUCUGUAGUAGUACGUUUGUAUCAAAAAUCUUUAAUGCUUGCUUAUCUAAUGCCUUCAUGUCGAAUGUUUGUGACAAUUGUGGAAUUGAACUUCGUAAUGUUAAGAAAGAAAUGUAUCUCUUUUCUUACGACGACGAACAAGAUUUUAACUGUAGAGUUAUUGAUAUAACACUUCAUAACCUUGUAAACGAAAUAACCAAAGGUUGUCAAAAUUGUUGUGAAGGCGAAAUAAAGGUACCUCUUAAUUAUAUAGAUGUAGAGAUAUUGAAUAAUACGAAGGAGGCUAUUCAAAAACUAAGGCAAUGUUAAGUUUUAUAAAAAUGCUCUCUAUUACGUAUUAUCU